AUGUUAAUGUCAUGGAAUAUGUUCAUCACCAUAGCACCACAGUACUAUGUGUCUUACUGGUUCACUGUGGAUGGAAAUGCUACGCAAUAUGCAGAAAGUUUUAUGAGUGUUCUUGGAGCAACUUCACAGAUCCCAGCCGUGGGGAUUAUGUUCGUGAAUAUGGCAAUAGUGAUCGCAGGAUCGCUAAUGAUGCGGAUUGUUGUACCGCUUAUCAUCAACUGUUUUCUGGUUCUUACUAUCAUUGCUCUUGUCAUCUUCGUGCAACCAAAUGAUAUUGGUAAAAAAUACAUCGUUUGCAGUCCAAACUAA